AUGACGGCGCUGAGGCGAAGCCCCAGACUAGAUCAGUCCAAAGAGCCCACGACGAGUGUGGCUAGUGAUAUACAGCAGCCUCAAAGUUCCAAGGAAAGUGGAUUACUCGGUCAGAAUCCGAGUGGUACUCCGCAGCCUGCCAAAGCAGGGCAGACUACAAAUUCCACAACUGUAGAGGUGGCGAACCUACUGGAAAGAAUCGCAACCUUAGAAAGGGAACUAUCCAAGGCCAAGGCAAAUGAAGGGCAAGUAGAGACCGCAAGAAAUCCCGUUGGAAUCGGGUUGAGCGGUAACGGUGCGGCGAAUACACCGCUAAGUAUGAGUGAAACGUCGUCAGCUAUGAGUAGAGCGACGACGCAGAUGUUGAGUGAAAAUUUGCAACGGGAACAAUUUGUGACGCCAUCUUUGAAUGAACCGUUGCUCGCACAACUGAGUGCAAAUUUGCUCGCACAGUUGAGUGCAAAUUUGCAGCCACAAUUGAGUGGAACUAGUGGGCAACAAGUCACACGGAAUAAUAACUGUACAACAGUGAGCCUAUCUCCGCCUUGCUACGUUACGGCCACGGUGCAGCCAGAACUAGGGUAUGUUGAUGCACUACGGGAGCCACAACGCAACUUAGUGGUUACUGCGCCUGGGUCUUACGGGACAGCACCGGCAAGUAUACCAAAUGUAUGGACGCCACGUAGAUUACCGGAUCUUCCAGAGUUCGAAGGCCAGCCCGAGGAAUGGCCAAUAUUCCAGUGCGCGUUUACGGAGACGACGGAGGCAUAUCAAUGUACAGCCUUGGAGAAUAAUCAAAGGCUAGUGAAGGCUUUGAAGGGUGAGGCACGAGCGGCAGUAAAGGCGCUGCUCAUCCACCCCAACAAUGUGAAAGAAGUUAUGGAGCAGCUUCGAUUUCGAUAUGGACGCCCGGAGCAACUGAUUCGAAGUCAACUGGAGAGCGUGCGAGAUGUGCUGCCAAUAUCAGAACCGAACAUAGCCAGAAUUGUGCCGUUUGCCACAAAGGUGAGCAACCUCGCCGCGUUUUUGAAGUCAACAAAGAACGGCAUUCAGCAUUUAGGAAAUCCUACCCUAAUGGAGGAGCUGAUAGCUAAGUUGCCUAUAAGCAAGAGGUUAGACUGGGCGAAGCAUGCAGCUACGAUAGAACCAUAUCCAACAGUGGUGCAUUUUAGCGAAUGGCUACACGAGCUCGCUAGAUUGAUAUGCAUUGUCACGGAUGCUGCAAGUAAAGAUCCGAAGCGAAGGCUAUUGCAGGCAAGCACAAGUCGUCUGGAUGGAAAGGAUACUAACUCUCACAAAUGUUGUCCAAUAUGUGAGGGGCAGCAUGGGAUCAAGGACUGCGAGGAAUUUCAUCAUGCACUUCCGACAUCGAGAAUCGAGUUAGCAAGGAAGCAUAGGAUCUGCUUCGCGUGCUUGGAGAGUGGACACAUGGCCCGGUUCUGCAAGAAGGGCACCAAAUGCAGUGUCAACGGGUGCCAAAGAAGGCAAAACUACCUGCUCCACGAUAGAAUCGGGAAUUCCAGGCUACCCCAGUCGAACGGCGGCCGCUUGAAGGAGCAUACGAGCACUCGAGAUCAGGAGCUGCAAAGGGUCACCAGCCAUCGCCGACGUAAUCCCUUUACGUCAACGACUGCAACGCCAAAAGCAGGACAGGCCGAGGAUGGCCAGGAAUCGCCACACCGAAACCUUAGCUGCGUUGACCCGGAUGGAGAUCACCUGCUAUUCCGGAUUUUGCCCGUGACGUUGUACGGGAGGAAUAAGCAAGUGGACACAUACGCGCUGCUCGAUGAGGGAUCGUCCGUAACGCUUAUUGACGACGACAUUAUCCAGAGCCUGAACCUAAAGGGAGAGAGUCGACAGCUCAACGUGCAGUGGUUUGGUGGCAAAUCCGCCAGAGAGCACACUACGGUAGUUAGCCUGCAGAUAAGUGGCACGGGCAAAUCCAUGCGCCAUGACCUACGAAAUGUGUUCGCUGUAUCGAAUCUAAAUCUUCCGAUGCAAAGCUUGCGUCGGGAGAAUGUUAAGGCAAGAAAGGAAAAUGCACGCCUACCCGUUAAACCAUACUUCGAUGCAACGCCAAGGAUAUUGAUCGGCUUAGAUCACGCUCAUUUGGGUAUUCCACUGAGGACCAGAAGCUUUGGAGCAGGAGGACCAUUUGCAGCCGCCACCAAACUUGGAUGGGUGGUGUACGGACCGGUAAAAGGGAGUGCAAGUCCACCGGUAUCGAGAUCAUGCCUUUUAGCCGUGUCACACGAUAAUCUUCUAGAGAAGAUGGUCAGCGAUUACUUCGAAACUGAGAAUUUUGGAGUAAAGCCCGCGCCGCCGGUCGCAGCUGGUGACGAUGUGCGAGCCUUAAGCAUUUUGGAGGACACGACGAAACGUGUAGGCCGACGAUUCCAGACUGGUCUGCUAUGGAAAGACGACGAGGUGAGACUGCCAGACAGCUACAACAUGGCACUCAAGAGACUCGUCAGCAUUGAACGGAAAAUGAAGCGCGACGAGGUCUUCGCGCGGGCAUACAAGGGAAUUAUGGAUGAUUACAUCAAGAAGGGAUAUGCACGACGACUAGAGCCGCAGGGGAUAACCCACACCAACGGCAAGGUAUGGUACCUUCCGCAUUUCGGGGUCGAGAACCCAAACAAGCCGGGAAAAAUCCGUCUAGUCUUCGAUGCCGCAGCCAAAGUGAACGAUAUAUCACUGAACUCGGCGCUGAUGAAAGGCCCUCAGCGCUACAAAUCCCUACCAGCAGUGCUCUUCCACUUCCGGGAAGGAGCAGUUGGAGUAUGUGCAGACAUUAAGGAGAUGUUUCACCAAGUGCUGAUACAGCCACAGGACAGAUGUGCCCAGCGAUUCUUGUGGAGAAAUGGAGAGGAUCGUCGGAACCCGGACACCUACGAGAUGCAGGUCAUGACAUUCGGAGCAGCUUGCUCUCCUUGUGCUGCGGACUAUGUGAAGCUCGUCAACGCUUCGCAAUAUAGUAGUACGGAUCCGCGAGCGGUUCUGGCGAUAAAGGAGUACCACUAUGUGGACGACUAUGUGGACAGUUUCCUGAGCAAGGACGAUGCUGUCGCCGUUUCGUCACGGGUGAGAGAAAUACACGCAAACGCAGGAUUUGAUUUGUGUCGGUUUUCCUCCAGUUCGGCAGAUGUGGUCAAAGCUCUGAACCCACAAGGAUCCAACACGAAUGUCAAAUGGAGCGAAUCUGAGGAGAAAGUAUUGGGAAUGUACUGGCAGCCGGCUACGGAUAACUUCAAGUUUAGCAUCAAAUACCAUCGGGUACCCAGCAGUGUGAUGGACGGGAAACGCGUCCCUACCAAGAGGGAGUUUCUAAGCCUUGUUAUGUCCACAUUCGAUCCGAUUGGGUUCUUGAGCUGCUACAUGAUAACCGCUAAACUGUUGAUGCGAGAGAUUUGGCGGAGGAGAGUCAAGUGGGAUGAGCCGCUCCCAGACGAAUUGGCCGCAGCAUUUGAGUGCUGGCGGCAAGAAAUGAAAUACAUUGAAGAAUUCCGAUGUCCACGCUAUUACUUCGGCGCUGGAUGUGUACGGACACUGCAGCUGCACGUCUUCGUGGGCUCCAGCCAAUCUGCGUUCGCCGCGGCGGCUUAUUGGCGGGCCACAUACGCAAACGACGAUGUGCAGGCACAUUUUGUGUGUUCCAAAACGAAAUGUGCUCCCAUGAGGACGAUGUCGAUCCCACGACUGGAACUUCAAGCAGCUGUAUUAGGAACUAGACUGAUGGACACCGUUAAACAGGAACACGGUGUAGCGAUCAGCAGCUGCACACUAUGGACCGACUGUAAGACCGUGCUGUACUGGAUCACCAGUACUCACCGGAGAUAUAAGCAAUUUGUUGGAAAUCGGGUGGCAGAAAUCUUAGAAUCCACAGAGGUUUCCCAAUGGAGAUGGCUACCAUCUGCCGAAAACGUGGCAGACGACGCAACCAGGUCGCAACGCCGCGUGGACCUCAGCCAAGGUUCCUAA